AUGUCCUUGUCUGUGUCCAGGCCGUACCGCCGCGUUCACCAACUGACCUGGACACAUCUGAAUCGGGCGCGCUGGCCCGAGAAUGGCAGUUUGGCUUGGCAUCCGACCUGGGGCUUCCAGAAACCUCUUCUGCCGACUUCACUGUCGGCCCCGAGGGCGGUAACGCCACCUUUGACAGCCGCGCCGCCCUUGCACUGGGAACCAGGACCCCAGCGCCUGAAGAAGCGGUUGCAGGAUGCCUUGGGGCUCAGUGCACAAGAUGCUUUGGCGCUGGUGCAGAGGCACUGUCGACCAAGAAAGUUGCCGAGUAUGCUUUGCAAAACAAUCAGUACUGCACUCUCCGUGCAGAAUGGGAGACCUUGGGCAAAGCGUCACGCGUCACGGUGGAUGGUCAGAUCCAGAGCAAAGAUCGCUGGAUCGAGGACAGGCACGAGAUCACUGUCAAUGGCCAUCCGCUCUCGGAGAUCAGCGGAAUCUCCUUUGUGGCGCACAAACCUGCAGGCCUUCAGGGCAACCUGUGUGUGGAGCCAUGCGCCAUCACCUGCCUUCGCUGCAGGCUUUGCGCUGUCCGAAGGAGAUCCGCUGAAGCGGCCGACCUACGUGCAGCUCCUGUUGCCUGGAUGGACUUCGCGAUCUUGUAGGAACAUGAUAUCCUGGGCAAGUGCCAGACCGUCAGACCCAUCGGCGACUUUAAGACUUUAA